AACGUUGUAGAAUACGUAUCGUAGUACAAGAUGACUGGUCGCGGUAAGGGAGGAAAAGGGUUGGGAAAAGGAGGAGCUAAACGGCAUAGGAAGGUCUUGCGUGAUAACAUCCAGGGUAUCACCAAGCCAGCUAUACGUCGUUUGGCGAGACGUGGCGGUGUCAAGCGCAUUUCUGGCUUGAUAUACGAAGAGACGAGAGGUGUCUUGAAAGUCUUCCUGGAAAAUGUUAUCCGCGAUGCUGUAACUUAUACCGAGCAUGCCAAGAGGAAGACCGUAACCGCUAUGGACGUGGUCUAUGCCUUGAAACGGCAAGGAAGAACCUUAUAUGGUUUUGGUGGUUAAUGCGAUCCGAGACUCUUCAGAAUCAAAACGGCCCUUUUCAGGGCCACCAAUUUGUCAUACGUCGGAAUUGUCUUAGAAAGCAUGUAUUAUACUA